AUGGGCUACCUGGGCAGGAAAUCUGUCAGGAACUCUGAUUUUCAUACACCACCAGAUGUGGACAGUCCACCAUUCUACAUACCGGUCAAGCAGAUUCACGGCAGAUAUACGCUGAUGCAAGAAUUGGGAAAUGGCAGCUUCGGAUCUGUGACUUUGGCAAAACAGAUCUACAACACCGGUUGUCAAGGCUGUCAAAAUUGCGGCAUUUACAGCGAUGAAAUCGGGCCAGCAGCAUCAGACUUGCAGAUUUCACGCUUGGAGACUCAAGAUGUGCAAUCUGUAAGCUGUGAAUCGCGUCCACACUACCGUAACACGCUAAUGGAAGAUUCCGUAAUUCCUAACGUGGACCAGGAAAAUUUCCACAACAAACAGCGCGGAGUUUUGGCAAUCAAAACCAUGAUGACCCGACUUCCUACCCUUAACGACUACACCCGCGUGCGCGAGAUCAAGUUUAUUUUGUCGAUGCCAGCACACAAAAAUCUCGUUCAGAUUUUUGAGCUUUUCAUCGACGACAUCAAUUAUCAGCUACACAUCGUCAUGGAGUGUAUGGAACAAAAUUUGUAUCAGCAAAUGAGGGCACGCAGACGGCGCAUUUUUUCACUGCCAUCACUAAAAUCGAUCCUUUCUCAACUACUGGCAGGAAUACGGCAUAUUCAUUCGCACAAUUUCUUCCACCGAGACUUGAAACCGGAGAAUAUUUUGAUCUCGCCAGCAAACCACUAUUUCAACAAAAAAUGGAUAGUCGAUGGCAAUUACAAAGACAACUACGUGGUUAAAAUUGCGGACUACGGUUUAGCGCGGCAUGUUACCAAUAAAAGUCCCUACACCGCAUAUGUGUCCACAAGAUGGUACAGGUCUCCAGAAAUUUUACUGCGAAAGGGAUCAUAUUCUAGACCAAUAGAUGUGUGGGCUUUUGGAUGCGUUAUAGUAGAGGUGGCCACUUUUCGGCCACUUUUCCCGGGCUCUGAUGAAAUGGAUCAAAUAUGGAAAAUCCUAGAGGUUUUGGGUACUCCGCAUAAAAUGCCAGAGAGUAAUAUAAGCGGGUAUCAACCACACGGUGGUUCUUGGGAAAAAGCUCAGCUACUGGCCUCUAGGAUGCGUUUAAAAUUUCCUUACGUCGAAGGUAUAAACAUCGAAAAGAUCAUCGAUAAUCCUAACCUGCAACCACUUUGUGACGUCGUCAAAGCGUGCCUUACAUGGGAUCCAAAAAAGAGAGCAAGUGUUACGGAGCUAUGCCAAAUGCCAUACUUCCAAAAUACUGUAGUGGGCAUAGAUGCUCACGCUAUUCAAGAAGCAUUCAAUGACGAAAAUAUGAACAAAAUCGCUUACAGCGACAUUCGCAGCAACUGGGAUUCCAAAUUGCCAGUUAAAAAAGUCUUUGGUGCCCAUCCAAACGCGCAAAUACCGUCUAUUGGUCCAAACGUAAUCGACUUGAACGGCGGGAGAAUGAAUGAACCCGAAGAAGGACAAAUGUCUUUUCAACAGUUUUUGCGAGAGUCAACAACGUCCGGUCAUUUUACCAAUUCCACUGUCAGCAGCAGUGUUCGAGAAGAGAACAAAUUCAACUCACAGGAUGAGCUUAUUGGAAACAUGAUAUCUUUGCCGCUUUCGCAGCAGUUAGAUAAUGACCUCCCUCUCUCGUCAUCUGCGCCUGACGUCAUUAAUGAAAGUGACAUUAAACCCCUAGAUGUUGGCGAGAGUAUAAAUGAGUUCUACGCUACAAAAUCAACCGAUUACCAGAAUCCUAAUGUUGAAGGUAGUCUCGAAAGCUUCGGGCCCAAUUACGUGCACUAUGAAGACGCCAGUAAUGCCCAUCUUCAUCCUCGUUGCAAUGUGCUAGAUGAUAUGUCUAUUGACUCUAACACUUCGGUACAAAUUCCUCGCACGCUUGCUGUUCCUCGAAUCGUUGAAGAUUGUAAUGACACAUCGUUAGAGGAUCACACAAGUCACAGUUUCUCGCAUACAAAUAGCUUAACAUUUUGA